AUGGCAGUCUAUUUGUCCAACGAGAUGCUAUGUCACAUAUUCAGCUAUCUGGAGGAUGACACAGCCUCUCUCACGGCCGCUGCCCUGACGAGCAGGCAGUGGUUUGAUUGCGGCAUCCAGAGUCUCUGGAAAGAGGAGAACGGUAACAGGCUCGUCAGGAUUGACCCCUCUCGCCGAGAUCUCUAUGGUAGAUGCAUCAGGAAAUUACAACUUGAUGGCUAUCUUUGUCAGGGUGGUGAUUCCAAGACCCGAGCGCAGGCCUCUGCAAGGUUCCGGGCGUUGGAUGCGAAGCUCAGCGAAAGAGGUCGACUGAACGCACAGUGGGUGACUUUUCUGAAUGAUUACAAUUGGUCUUCCUUACGAGAGAUUUCCUUCAGCAAGGUAUAUGUGGACCAGGCUCUCCUCGAACACUUGGGAAACACAUGCAGAGGCCUGCGCUCUCUUCGACUUUUCCAUGCCAUAAAUUUCCAGCCAGCCGAUUUCUUGAGACUUUUGGAACAACUUCCGUCUCUAACAGCGAUUCACUUUUGCGAAGGAACUAGGAAUCUCAUCACAAGUGAGGUUUUUGCAUAUCUCGCGAACCGUCGGAUCAUACAGGUUUUGACGAUGAAGGAGCCUCUUCAACGAGCCAUUAUGGAAAACGAAGCAGCCACUUCAAAAUCCUUCCAGGAUCUUCGUUCUGCAAAUUUGAAUCUUGUUAUUGGCUCAAUGGACCGUUUCGUAACCGUGAUGCCAGGGAUUACGAGCCUGAGUCUGGAACUCUGGUGGACAGACACGAAGAUGUUCAAGACACUCUCGCGCUUGGAGCGUCUCCAGACUUUGUCUAUCACGAUUGCAUACAAACUUGAAAUGCCUCCUGAGCACAUAUUGCCUAUUUGCAAUAUAAAAAGUCUUAAAAAGCUGUGUGUCCAGGGCAAAAGCGAGAACUUGCGUGCAUUCAAGUUCAGGGACUCUGAUUUUGAUAGUCUUGUCUCACAGCUCAAUGAUUUGGAAGAGCUGUCCUUUCUAGUCGCAUGCGAUAUGUCUUUUGCCUCUCUCAAGUCCUUAUCUAGGCACUGUCGUUUCCUCAGACACCUGCGGCUACUGCCAAGUAAUUGGGAUUUCGAUGCCCUGUUCUCAAAUGCAAGCGAGGAGCCUCUCUUUCCUCACCUGGAAUCCGUGAAUACGGUGCCUGAAUGGAACACCAUGCCAUUUGUGGACGAUGUAUCUCGGUCUAUAAUCGCCCGAGAGAAGGCAAUGCUGUUCCGCUUUCACAUGCCUAAUUUGAACACCAUGACCGCGACGGUGCAUGGCGAAUUCGAGAAAGAAGUCCUAGAGAUUUGGACAGAGUUGAAGAGGAACGCAGUGAAUCCAUAG